UGUGUGUGUGUGUCUGUAUGUAGUGUGUGUUGCAGGUGGUGCUAGUGAGGGGCCACUUCGUGUCGUACCUGCCGCUGUGCUCGCGCAAUGAGCCGGUGUUCGUGUGCGCGUGCUGUCGUGUGUGUGUGUGUCUGUAUGUAGUGUGUGUUGCAGGUGGUGCUAGUGAGGGGCCACUUCGUGUCGUACCUGCCGCUGUGCUCGCGCAAUGAGCCGGUGUUCGUGUGCGCGUGCUGUCGUGUGUGUGUGUGUGUGUGUGUCUGUAUGUGGUGUGUGUUGCAGGUGGUGCUAGUGAGGGGCCACUUCGUGUCGUACCUGCCGCUGUGCUCGCGCAAUGAGCCGGUGUUCGUGUGCGCGUGCUGUCGUGUGUGUGUGUGUGUGUGUGUGUCUGUAUGUAGUGUGUGUUGCAGGUGGUGCUAGUGAGGGGCCACUUCGUGUCGUACCUGCCGCUGUGCUCGCGCAAUGAGCCGGUGUUCGUGUGCGCGUGCUGUCCGCUGGCGAUGCCGGAGACGCGCGAGUGCGUCGUGCUCGGCGCCACCAACGUCUUCACCACCGUGCACGCCAUGGACAUGAAGAUACUGCACAUCGACUCCAAUAGCGAGUGGCAUCUGGGCUGGGAGCGCGCGGCGCUGCACGGCGCCAGCUGGUACCACCUGCUGCACCCUGACUGCUGCAAGGAGGCGCAGAGCAAGCAUCGACUCAUAACCCAGUCGGAGCAGGAGCGGUCGUGCAUAGCUCUGCUGCGGCUGCAGCGGCGCUGCGGGCAGUUCCUGUGGGUCCACGCCGUGUUGCAGUUGAAGGAGAAUCUGGAGAACUCGCAACGACCCGUCGUGGUCUGCACUAACCAGGUGUUGAGUGAGGACGAAGCAGCGGUCAUGAAGGCGAACCCUUGGCUGUACCACUACUACGCGGUGCAGUCCAAGCUCCACUACGGGUUGGCUUACGAGGCCGCGACACGGAUGUACGGGCCCCCACCGCCGGACAUACAAGUGUACCCACCGCCCAUGCAGUACGCGCCCACCCCGCCCCUCUGCAUCAACGGGGGGCAGCCCAUGAUCAUGCCCAACGCUGGUCUGCAGCCGCAUAUACCCCAUGUGCCGCCUCACCUGGCUCCCAUGCACUACUCCUACGAAAGGCCUGAAACUGGACCUGUUGACUACUCCGUGUCGCUCCAGGACAACAGGUAUCCCAAUAUCAGAAUAGAAGAUACUAGGAUUCAACCUAACGCGAAGCGGAAAGCAAAAAAUCCAGACAGUAAACCUAAUACUCCGAUCACCAACAUGUCACCAAGAUGCACCCCCUCGACGAUCACGUCAGGCGGAGACACGCUCGUAGCGGUGGCAGCCACGUCAAUAGCUAGCAGAAGACCAGGGUCAAAGAGUUUCAAUAUAACCGAAACAGAGUUGAUAGAUCAGUGGAAUCCUAGUCCAACGUGGUCCGAGUCCGCACUGCAGAAGGUUCCAGACGUUUGCCAGCAAGACUUGAGCCCUUACGUGACCACGACACCACCCACGCCUUCCGGGACGCCCUCAGCCUAUACUCACAACUAUAGUCAUACGUUCGUCUUCGACUGGUCUCCAGAGCAAUAUGUUCCUCAUACUAACAAUAGAUGUAACACAGUCACAACUGAAAGUUCCUAUCAGCAGACGUGGAAUAGAAGUCCAAGGACUUUUGCCAAUAGCUCAGAAAACUCCUUAGAUGAGAACUGCAAUCCUAAUAGGCUAAGUAAUAUACCAUUGAGGGUCAGUAAUCCACCGCCGGCGUACAACGCUAAUAGAGAGAGCGAAGUUCUUAGAAGACCAAUAGAUCGGCCACACCCCGAUUCACCGGAUGCCAAGAAGCCUGCGUUAUAACUAUAGUUUCAUUUGUUUUUAUUUUAUUUACUUAGUUGAUUUUGUUACCUUUUAAAUAUUAAAGUAUUUGAGAAAAGCUCUGGAACUCUCCUGUGAUCUAGUUAGAAAUAAGAUACUUAAGUAUAUAUUUUUUGUAAAUUAAUAGGUUAGUAGUUAUAAUACUCCUUUGAUAUUCAUAAGGGAUGUACAAAUUAUUCUCAUGUUUAUUAAUAAUUUAGAUAAGAUAUUCACAUAGAAUGUGAUUUAUGUUUAUAACUCUUUUCAAAAAUUGUAUUAUUGAUGUAAAUAAGAUUCUAGAUUCCAAUUAGGUAAGAAUUUGUGCAUAAGUCGAAAUUAUUGUCGUGCAUAGUGAAAAACUUUCCGUCCAUUUUCAACUAAUUCCAUAUUUACUUUGAAAUCAUAAAUUCAUAUUGAUGUAAAGUUGUAUUUAGUUUUAAUUUAUGAUCACACAGUAUUUGUUGAAAGAAUUUAAAAUAAAAA